GCCCCGGUUCAAGUACUGAUGAGAACCACAUGACUGGCCGGUAACAAUGCGUUUUCAGGACUAGCCAGCUAUACAGAGAUGUGGUGGUGGUGGUGAUCUCUGUAUCUGUGUGAGAGAGAGAGAGAGAGAGAGAGAGAGAGAGAGAGAGAGAGAGAGAGAGAGAGAGAGUGAUAGGUCUUUAUUCAAACCAAGCUCUCCAUGUUAGCAGCACCAGCAGAGGUUUAUUUUUCAUUCAGCGAGUUAGUGUUUCUGUUUGAUGCACAUCCACUGUGACUGACGCUCCUGUUCCUGCACACUACUGCUACCUUUGUGGUUAGAGUAACUCUCGUUGGUUCGUGUUCUCCCUGGAGGAGGCUAUCUGACUGGAGCUAAACAACGAUACAACACACUAAGUGACUACUGAGACCCACUAGUCUUCUUGAUGAGAGGCUUCCUGCUGCUGUGUCUGCUGGCACUGGGCCAUGCCAAGCCCUACCAGCCAAUUAACGUCUUGGACUUCAUGAGGGACCAUGAAAUCAUGAUGCAGGACGCCGAUGAUGACGAUGAUGAUGACGACAACGCCCUUACGGACUGCCCCUUCGGCUGCCAGUGCUCCCUACGGGUGGUGCAGUGCUCUGAUCUAGGGUUGCUCUCCGUGCCCGAGAACAUUCCCGCCGACACGCUAAUGAUCGACCUCCAGAACAACGACAUCACCGAGGUCAAGGAGGACGACUUCAAAGGCAUUAACAAGAUCUACGCCCUGUUCCUUGUUAACAACAAGAUCUCGAAGAUCCAUCCCAAAGCUUUUCGUAACAUGGAUCGGCUACAGCUGUUGUACCUGUCCUACAACCAGUUGACACAGAUACCUGCCAACCUACCCCGGAACAUCCUGGAGCUGCGUAUCCACGACAACAAGAUCAGCAACAUCCAGAAGGAGGCCUUCAAAGGUCUCAAGUCUGUGCAUGUUCUGGAGAUGAGUGCUAACCCGUUAGCUAACAACGGGAUAGAGCUGGGAGCAUUCGACGGCAUGGAAACCCUGUAUAUCAGGAUCGCGGAGGCCAAGCUCACAGCUGUACCUAAAGACCUGCCAUCUUCACUCACAGAGCUUCACUUGGAUUAUAACAAGAUCAACAAAGUAGAAAUUGAGGACUUUUUCAGAUAUAAAAAAAUACAAAGAUUAGGACUGGGCUUCAACCAAAUCAAGUUUGUUGAGAACGGAAGCUUCGCCAGUAUACCCAACGUCCGUGAAAUCCACCUGGAUAACAACAAACUACGGAAGGUUCCGCCCGGUCUCAACUCACUGCGGUAUCUACAGGUGGUGUACCUCCAUGCUAACAGCAUCAGCAGUGUGGGGGUGAAUGAGUUCUGCCCUGUCCGCUCCAGUGUUAAGAAGACCUUGUAUACGGGCAUCAGUCUGUUCUCUAACCCUGUUAAGUACUGGGACGUCCAGCCCGCCACUUUCCGCUGUGUGUCUGGACACAGAGGGGUUCAUCUGGGCAACAACCGGAGGAAGUAACACACACACACACACACACACACACAGGGGGAUUCAGCUGGGCAACAACCCGAAGAAGUAACACACACAAUGGCAAGGCGAAGUUCUAACCAUAUGGUCAUAUCUAUCCUAUAUAGUUACAGAUCUACAAGUGCCUACCUGCCUAGGGAAUUGGGUGUCUGUCAGGAUCACAAGCCAUCCUAUAGCGCCUCCUUCUGGUAGACUUCAGUAAUACCUCCACCUCCUCAACACACAGGAUGUUUUGUUGUUGUUGUAUUGACCAACUCUUCGUUCCUCCUCAACGAGUCAACAAACGCAUCCACCCCUGUUAGUACUUCAGUGUUUUAGUCGAUAUCUUUGUUUCUUCUCUGUUUAGGAAUUAGUAUAAUCUGCUGGAUAUGUUGUCUUUGGAUUUCUUUCUGACACUGCAUGCCUCCUUUUUAUAAUCUGCUAGAUAUAGCCUAAAUAAAACUAGUUUUCAUGGUGCUAAUAAACGUAUAUAUAUUUACAGAAACCAGUCAACGUUAUAUGUCUAGAUGGUGAUAAACAUAAAAUGACAGAAAAUGCUAGUCAACUGUUACAUUACAUGUCUACAUGGUGCUAAACGUUUAUAAUUAAAGAAACUAGUCAACUGUUACAUUACAUGUCUACAUGGUGCUAAACGUUUAUAAUUAAAGAAACUAGUCAACUGUUACAUUACAUGUCUACAUGGUGCUAAACGUUUAUAAUUAAAGAAACUAGUCAACUGUUACAUUACAUGUCUACAUGGUGCUAAACGUUUAUAAUUAAAGAAACUAGUCAACUGUUACAUUACAUGUCUACAUGCUAAACGUUUAUAAUUAAAGAAACUAGUCAACCUUUUACAUGCCUUCAUUUGAACAUGAUUAUCUAUUGUAGCAUUACAUGUAUGUAACUGUUCUAAUUAAAUAAACUUGACAUAUAAAAUACA